AUGCCUCUUCCGAAGAAAAGAAAAGUGAAAAAAACGAGGAAGCAAAAACCAUCCACUCUAGGUGAGGAAACGCACAACAAGGCAUCGCCAGAGGCUGACGUAUUGAAGCAGCACUUGGUUCUGCAGAGGGACCUGGCCAAGCAGGCAAUGAUUGACAGGGAAGGAUUCAGGCAGAGGCUGACAGAACUGGAGAGAGACCUGGAGGGAGCCAAGAAAGACAAAAGGGAUAUUUAUGAAGAGAUGAUCCGUCAGUAUCAACAGUUUCAGCGCCAGGCGGACGGCCAGAUUCAGCGUUUGGAGGCUGAAAAGCAGAACUUGCAAGAACAGCUGGCUGCCUGCCAAAAAACCCUGCAGCGGAGCGAAGAGGAGCGAGCAAAGAUCUCGGAGGAGAAGGACCAAGCUGUGGCUCAGAUGCAGCAGAAGGCAGAGGAGAUGGAGAAGGAAUGUGAAAGACUCCUUCACGACAGCUUGGAUCAGGUGCUUUCGAAACUACAAGCCACAAAACUGGGCUGGGAGACGGAGGCCACCCUCAUCCACACUGAAUGUAAGAAUACGCUAAAGGAGUUUGGACUUAACCCACUGGAGAUCUGAAGCAGCGGUCAAGCAGAGCUAAGGUCAGUCUCUGGAGGUUUCACAUUGGCACCAGUGGUGGG